AUGGCAGACAAGACAUCAGAUACACUAACUGCAAAGCUCAUUGCCACAGUGGCGAUAAUAUGCUUAGGCUCGCUUCAGUUUGGCUACCAUAUGUCAGAACUCAAUUCUCCAGAAGCAAUCUUGACUUGUAAGGAGUCAAUUCCUCUUCUCACUCCAUACGAGGAAUCCUUCUUCGGUCAACGAGGGUUUCAAAGAUGUAUCCCAUUGAGACCAGAACAGUUUGGUCUUGUGACUUCAAUUUUCAGUAUCGGUGGUUUGCUUGGCUCCUUUUACGUUGGUUCUAUUGCAGAUGCAAUUGGAAGGAGGAAGACUGCCUUGCUUCAUUGCGCAGUGUACUUCGUUGGGUCAUCACUCAAUGGUAUCAGUAACACUUACCAGGCUUUAUUGGCGGGUCGGUUUAUUGCUGGCGUGGGCGCUGGCUCUGCGCUUGUGGUUACAUCGCUCGUCAUCAAUGAGAUCGCUCCUCCUCUGUACAAGGGUUUCUUCGGGUCCAUGAACCAGGUGUCGAUCAAUGUUGGUAUUCUCUUCACUCAAUUGCUUGCGUUGAAGUGGAACAAUGAUAACGAUUGGAGAUUCAUCUUGUUUAUGGCAGCAGCUAUUGCACUUGUCAACUUUUUCCUUGUGUUGAGCUACAUGGACGAGUCCCCAAUGUGGCUUGUGAAUAAUGAUAUGUCAGAUCAAGCGUUCACUGUAUUGCACAAGUUGCGCGGUGGAGAGUAUUCCCUUGUGAGAAACGAGGUCAAUAGUUGGAAGCAAUCAUCUGGUGUCGAGGUUGAGGAUUCAUCUUUGCUUUCAGGUGAAGAGGAACCCAGACCAACAUCAAGUGGUGCUGUAUCCUUGAGAGAAUACAUCACAUCAGGAGAGUUCAACAACUCAAAGAUUGUGGCUCUGGGGAUCUUAGUUUUCCAGCAGUUUUGUGGUAUCAACUCCAUUGUGUUCUAUGGUGUUUCUGUAUUGAUUGCCAUCUUUCCCACUAAGGCUGUCUUGAUCAACUGCUUAAUCUCGACAGUGAACUUGGUAGUCACCUUCAGAUCAGCUCUUCUUGUUGACAAGUGGGGCAGAAAGCCGCUUCUCAAGAUCUCAGUGACUGUAAUGGGUAUAGCAGCUGCGCUUCUUGGCUUCGGUAUUCAAACGUCUAACUCGUAUUUCUCUGUGAUCGGCACGUUUGUCUACAUUGCAUUCUUUGCUAUCGGUUUAGGGCCCAUUCCUUUCUUGUUGGUUGGAGAAGUGACGCAGCCCAAGGCAAAAGCGCUGGCGCAAAGCUUUGGUGUUUCCAUGAACUGGAUUGCCACGUUCAUGGUCGGCUACAUCUUCCCAGUCCUCAGAAACUCAUGGCUUGGAGGAGCCACCUUCUACAUCUUCACGGCCAUGUGUGCUUUGACUUACUUAUUUGUGGAGAGGUAUGUGCCAGAGACUAAAGGCAAGAAUACCUAUGAGGAGGUUUGGAAUGUUAAUCGCAUUGAAUAA